UCCGGAAGUGCGGCUCAGAGUUCCGGGAGAGCGCUGGCCGGGGAGCGGACCGUAGCUACCGCGGCGGCUGGAGGAUGAAGAAGGAGCAUGUGCUGCACUGUCAGUUCUCCGCGUGGUACCCGCUCUUCCGAAGCUUCACCAUCAAGAGUAUCAUUCUUCCACUUCCUCAGAAUGUAAAGGAUUAUUUACUGGAUGACGGGACUCUGGUGGUUUCAGGAAGGGAAGAUCCACCAACAUGCUCACAGCCAAACAGUGAUGAUGAAGCAGAAGAAAUACAGUGGUCUGAUGAUGAGAACACAACCACGCUGACGGCCCCAGAGUUUCCUGAGUUCACCACUCAAGUCCAGGAAGCUAUUAAUUCCCUGGGGGGCAGUGUCUUUCCUAAACUGAACUGGAGUGCCCCAAGGGAUGCAUACUGGAUAGCAAUGAAUAGUUCUCUAAAGUGUAAAACCCUCAGUGACAUCUUUCUACUCUUCAAGAGUUCUGAUUUCAUCACUCGAGACUUCACUCAACCAUUCCUUCAUUGUACUGAUGACUCUCCGGAUCCUUGCAUGGAAUAUGAGCUUGUUCUCCGAAAAUGGUGUGAAUUAAUUCCUGGAGCUGAGUUCCGAUGUUUCGUCAAGGAAAACAAGCUUAUUGGUAUUUCUCAGAGGGACUAUACACAAUACUAUGAUCAUAUUUUUAAACAGAAGGAAGAAAUUUGCAGAUGCAUACAAGACUUUUUUAAGAAACACAUACAGUAUAAAUUCUUAGAUGAAGACUUUGUAUUCGACAUAUACAAAGACAGUAGGGGGAAGGUGUGGCUAAUUGACUUUAAUCCAUUUGGUGAAGUCACAGAUUCAUUGCUGUUUACUUGGGAAGAGCUAAUAUCUGAGAAGAACUUAAAAGGUGACCUUAGUGAAGGAGAUGCCCAGGAGCAGGAUUCUCCAGCUUUCCGUUGUACAAACAGUGAGGCCACAGUACAGCCCAGCCCCUACCUGAGCUACCGACUGCCCAAGGACUUCAUAGACCUCUCCACUGGGGAAGAUGCUUACAAGUUAAUAGACUUUCUUAAGCUGAAAAGAAAUCAGCAAGAGGAUGACUGAGUGCUAGUUCAAGACUAUGUUAAAGAGGAAAACAUGGCUACUUGAGGAGGAGCUCACAGGACACAACUUCCUCUGACCCUAACGGGUGGGGGUGGGGUGCAGUGUGGCAGUCAGCGGUUUUUAUAUUCAUGUAUAUUCACCUAGGAAAGGAUGGAGGGACUUUGCUACUUGUAAAAAUAACAUAAUAAAUAGAUCUAAAACAUGUGACAUCAUACU